AAUAUUUAAUGUACUUAAGAGAAAUUUCGUUCGUUUCCUCCUCUUACAAGUUCAUGUCACGAUCCCGUAAUUAAUAUAAAUUCUAAGCUUAACUCAUCGACAUCAACACAAGAUUAGUCAAGAAAAAAAAACUCUUACGAAUAGAAAACAAAAUGAAAAAUUGGAGCCAAAGAUUAUCGCUUCUAAUCGUCAUGAUCUUCAUUUUCUCCGGGCUCCAUUUCUCUUCGGCCAGCCGCAAGUUCCCUAGUAUGACCACGACGGAGGAGUUCCAGCGAUUAAGUUUUGACGGCAAGAGAAUGUUAUCGGAAGUGACCGCCGGCGAGAAGUAUGAUCGGAUCUACGGAGCUUCCGCCAGAUUAGUCCCCAAAGGUCCUAACCCGCUUCACAACAAAUGAUAUAUUUCUAUAUUAUUAUAGUUCAAAUUUUGUCGCCAAUAAUUAUACUAUAGUAUUAAAUUUGUCUAGGGUUUUAUUUAGAAUCUUUUCACCUUGUGUCAACAAAUUCUCUUAUUUCUGGUUCUUUAAUUUCUUGUAUUUUGUAGAUAUAAAUGUAUGAUAGAUAUACGUACAGAUACUUCUAUAACUUUUGUUCAUAUUUACAUUUAUUUGUACGAUGUUGAAAAUAUGUAUCAAAUGAUUCUCUUGUAGUAUUGAUUUGAACGAGAGCUGAGAUUAGAAAAUAAGAAAAAGUACCAUU